ACUGUGACCACCAUCACGAUAAUAUCGCAAUGAAACAUUCACUCGCUCGUAGCUCGUUCCUCAGCACCACCUGACACUGGAACGCAAAGGUGUACGCAUAAAGGAUUGUCGCUAAUUAACUCGAUAGCGGCCACCCAAAAUAAUUACCGUGAAGAAACCGUGAGUCGGUCAGCAAGCGCCCCUUCAAUUAGUGCCACCUGUCGAACACGCGCCGCGAAUUAAUUCGCACUCGCUAUAAAUUCGUUUGCAAAAAACACCAAAAUAAACUGGUAUCGAUGCACCUGCGUCAAUCUUCAGUAGCCGCAGUGCGGUAAAUCAGUAAUCAGCUGCACCAUUAAAUUGGACCCGUUAAGAAGCAAAGUCUUUUAGCGCUAUGAUCAUGCUAUUUAAAGGCAACAGCAGCAGGUUAGAGCAUCUCAUAGAGAAGAUACAAGCAAAUAAGGAAAACCACGACGUUACCUCGGACGAUUUAAAACAGGCACUGGGGAGCGUUGGCAGUACGGCGGGGAGCUCGUGGCCGUCGUCGACGCCAGAGCCGUCUCCGUCGCCUGCCUCUACACCCACCUCGGCGGAUGCUGUAGACGCUGAUGCGGAUGCAGACCCACCGUUCACCCUUGGGGCAACUGAGCACACGCCUUAUAAAUGCCAAUUUUGUGAAAAGGCGUUUCCUAGGCUAUCGUAUCUUAAAAAGCAUGAACAGACACACUCCGAUCAGAUGCCUUUUCGAUGUGAAUUCUGUUCACGACUGUUCAAGCACAAGAGAUCUCGGGAUCGUCACGUAAAAUUGCACACCGGCGACCGAAAGUACCGCUGCGCGCACUGCGAAUCCGCUUUCUCUAGAAGUGAUCAUUUAAAAAUUCACAUGAAGACUCACGACAAUCAAAAGCCGUUUCAAUGUACGGUAUGUAAUCGGGGAUAUAAUACAGCCGCUGCACUCACAGCACAUAUGCAAGGUCACAAGCGAGAUCGUGAGGGCCGCGAAACUGAUCGGAAGAGAGCUCUGCGAUGUUUGCGAUGUGGAGAUGCCUUUAGACGUCCUGAAAUGCUUCAAGCGCAUAUGGCUAGUGCUCAUGGCAUGGAGGCAACUUCCGUGACACCACCGCGCCGGGUUGCAUCUCAACCACCACCUACAUUACUCGCUUGCAUUUAUUGUACUCGUGAUACUUUUACAAGUAUGGAACAAUUACAAUUACAUGUACGCGCCGCACACUCGGCUCUAUUAAACGGAGAAUCUCCUAUACAUUAUACAUUAGAACAACCUUUACCCACUGAUUUAAGUAGAAGAAGUCCUGAAGAAGUAUCAUCUCCAGCAAAACGUCCGAGAUUAGGUUCGGGCUCUUCUACUCCAAAAAUAGCACUUUCUCCAAGCACUCUUCUAUGCAAUCAAUGUGAUGCAGCUCUGCCUGAUUUUGAGGCAUUUCGAGCACAUUUAAAAGGUCACAUUGAAGAAGGUGGAGAUAUAGGUAGAUCAAGUCCAGCACCUUGUCUCCAUUGUGGUGCUACAUUUGCUGAUGCAGCAGCAUCUGAACGUCACCUGGCUGCUCAUUACCUUGCUGUGUCCUGUGAAUAUUCUUGUCACAGCUGUGUGCGCAGUUUUCCUACUUCUGAAGAUUUGCAGAAACAUUUGCUCGAUAUUCAUGCGCAUCACUUAUAUCGCUGCACUCUUUGUAAGGAAAUAUUUGAUUCAAAAGUUGCUAUUCAGGCACAUUUUGCGGUUGCUCAUACCGGGGAAAAUAAAGUUUGGGUGUGUCGGUCUUGCGGAACUGCUGGUGGUCCAUUACGCACCGAAGCUGAGGGUGCCGCUCAUGUUCGUGCACGACACGCAGCUGCACGAUGUGCAUGUGGUGCUAUAUUAGCUGGGUCGCGGGCUCUACGAGCGCACACAGCAGCCCAUCAUGCCUAUCGUUGCCCUGUACCAUCUUGUACCGAUACUUUCGCCGUACAGUAUUUACUUGAACGCCAUAUGCAAGUACAUCAUACCGUUACUCAUCAGAGUAUCAACGGUGACAUGACAAGGCCUAAGCGAACAGAAAAUAACAAUGCAAUAGAAGGUGAUGAUGCAUGUUCUCCAUGUAUACCUAGCGGUGAUGGAAAUGGGCCUUUGGCUACAUCUAGUGAUGAUCGUCGCCGUAAAAAUGGAGCAGUUGCUCUGCAGUGCGCAUAUUGUGGUGAGCGUACUCGCAGUAGAGCUGAACUUGAAGCCCACACGCGUGCACAUUCAGGAACAGGUGCUGCACGACAUAAGUGUCUCAUUUGUGAUGAAGUGCUUCCGUCGGCUGCAGUUCUAGCCGAGCAUAAAUUAACCCAUUGCAAGGUAAUUGCGGGUGACACAUGCUCUCGAUGUCGUUCACGACUACCUACAGAAGAAGCUUUUCUGAAUCAUAUGGCACGGCAUCACCCUGCUCUUCCAGCGCCUUGCGUCGUAUGUCGUCAAACUUUGGCAUCGGAAGCAGAAGCGCGAUUACAUGCAAGAUUUCAUUUAAGGCCAACUGAGGAUGAACAAAGAUGCGCCAUUUGCCUAAGACCUCUAUCUGAAACUGAAGCAGGUGAAGGUGCGCGAGCUUGCACCGCCUGUUACGCUCGUCAUGCAGCUCCGAGACCGACGCCUUCUUCCGAACACGAUUGUCGGCUAUGUCGUCGAACUUUAGGUUCACCAACACGUUUACAAGCCCAUUUAAUCGAGCAUACCUUUGCAGGUAUUGGAGCAUUUACAUGUUACUUAUGUUCUGCAAUGUUCACAAGUGCUGCGGGAUUGCAAAGGCAUUUACCAGAACAUGCUGCGGCACCGAGACCAUACGAUUGUGGUCGAUGUGGCUUAAAGUUUUUCUUUCGAGCUGAACUUGAUAACCACGCAUUUGUUCAUCUUGAAGAAGCAGAAAUAGCACAAAGAGCAUUUUACGAAGCGUAUGCUCGCGGGGCUGCGACAGCGUGGGCGGCUUUGCAACCUACUGAUUUAGCGCUGCAGUCUUCGGCAUCGACUCCAGCUCCUGUAAAUGAUAUACCAAUAAAACAGGAACCAGAAGUAAAGGAAGAACGAAAUGAUGAAUAUAUAGAAGUGUCGUCUCCCCCUCCUCCUGUAAUACAGCAAUCAGAGACUACGUCAUCUCCACCUCCGAUAAUAAAACAGGAAAAAAAUAAUGAAGACUGA